AUGUGCAGCCUGUCAGCGUUGGCGCGCGGCUGCCGGCCCGCCGCCAAGCCGUGCUGUCUGUGCUGGUGCUGCUGCUGCUCGUGUUCCUGGGCCAAGUGGUUGGCGGCUCGCGGUGCGGACGGCGGUCCCGGUAAGAAGCCCCGGGAGCCCGGACCCCACGAGCCUCUGCUCCUCGAUGGGGACGCGCCACCGACGCUCGAGGAAAUCCAGAGUUGGGGACAAUCGUUUGAUCGAUUGAUGAGGAGCGCAGCCGGUCGUAAAGUGUUCCGCGACUUCCUGCGCGGCGAGUACUCGGAGGAGAACAUCAUGUUCUGGCUCGCCUGUGAGGAGCUCAAGAGAGAAGUGGACCCGGACGCCGUGGAGGAGAAGGCGCGCUUCAUCUAUGAGGAUUACAUCUCCAUCCUGUCUCCGAAAGAGGUUUCUCUGGACUCGCGCGUCCGUGAGACCGUGAACCGCAACAUGGUGGAGCCCACGCCGCACACCUUCGACGAGGCGCAGCUCCAGAUCUACACCCUCAUGCACCGCGACUCCUACCCGCGCUUCGUCAACUCUCCCCUCUACAAGGCCCUGGCGCGCAUGUCCGCGGGCUCGCCGUCCGCGCCGCCCGCACACACCGCACAGAGCGCACAGACCGCGCCCGUUGGCGACGCCAAGUGA